AUGUCGGCUAACGACCAACAACAGCUUCAGAAUCUUGUAUUCUCGGCGGAAUUGAAUGUUGAAAAUGAGAACCUUGAACAGCUCGGUCCUAUCAUAAAAACUAUUUAUGAUACUGAUAGACAAGAAGCUUUUCUUGAACAACUGGCAAUGUUUGUUAGGAAGAAAGAAGGAGAAAUUGAGAGAAUGUGUAAUAGUAAUUAUCAGGAAUUUAUACAAUCUGUGGAUCAAUUAUUGAAAGUUAGACAAGGAACUGUCAAUUUAAAAAAUAAAAUAAUUGAUUUAAAUUAUGAUGUACAAAAAUCUGGUAAAAAAGUUGCAUCAAAGAAAAAAGAACUUAUACAAACACGAAGAAUCCAAAAAAAUAUUGAUGAAGCUGUUGAAACAUUGCAAUUAUGUUUACAUGUGCUUGACAUGGCAAAUCGUGUAAAUCAUUUAGUAGAAGAGAGAAAAUAUUAUUCGGCUUUAAGGACAUUGGAAGAGUUACAGACUGUUCAUUUGCGUAAAGCUAUACAAUAUGAAUUCGCCAAACAUUUGCAGGAAUCUAUUCCCGUUAUGCAGCAUGAUGUCAAGAAUGCUGUAACAAAAGAAAUGAAAGAAUGGUUAUUUAAAGUUCGGCAAGUGUCCGGAGAAGUUGGCAAAAUAGCGAUGGAACAAAUGAAGUUACGUCAAGAACGAUGGAAACUUAAGGUUGCUAAAAAUCCCGAUUUACGUUCAGUUCCGGUUAGUUCGCCAAUCGAGAUGGUGAUGAACGAAGAAAAUGAAUUUAACAUCGUAAAUAAUGAUCAUGUACAUAUUGAUUUCAAACCAUUAUAUCAAUGUUUGCAUAUUUACGAAGAACUAGGAAAACGAAAUGAAUUUAAAUCAAAUUAUGAGGAAGAUAGAAGGUCCCAAGCAAAUUUGGUUCUAUCACAAUCAUUCACAUUGAGGGAAGGUAAUGAGAAGGGUUUCGAAGCUUUCCUCCAAGACAUUGUAGGGUUUUUUGUUGUAGAAUAUGUGAUUGUACACUCUACACAAAAUUUUCGAUCUCAAACAGAGGUUGAUAACUUAUGGGAUUCAGUAAUUGCUAAAGUCGUUAAAAUUAUUACUGAAAGUCUUGAUGAAUGUCAUGAUCCAAAUUUAUUUUUACAGAUUAAAUUUUCUUUAUUUACCUUCAUUCAAACUUUGGAGGAUUACGGAUAUAAUGUUCACGCAUUUACAGAUUUGAUAUUAACUGUUUUUCAAAGAUACUCUGAUAUGUUGAAACAAAGAUUUUUGGAAGAUUUUCUUCAGACACUCCUGUAUGAUGAUUACAUGCCAAUGCCUAUUAGUAGUCCAGCAGAGUAUGAGGCAGUUGUUGAUGCUUGUUGGUUUAAAGAGGAUCAUCGUAUUAGUCAAGGAUAUCCAAGAACACUUCCUUUUUCGCAAGCAUAUCCUUCAUGUUGCUUGGACAUUAAAAAAUUUGUGGAUCAAUACUAUACAUUUGCAGAAGGUGAUUCACGACAAUUUAGUACAGUAGACGAUAUUGCAAAACAGACGUUAGAUAAUUUGUUAAUAGAACAUGUUAAUGGUGUUCUAACGAGUAAAUUAGAAAGUCAAAAUAUGUCACAGAUUGUACAAAUUAUCAUUAAUCUCGAAUAUUUUCAUGAUGCCUGUGGGGAAUUAGAAAAAUUACUAAAAUCAAAAAGAUCAUCUCAUCGUGGAGGCCAAAUCAAGUUAAAAGCUGCUGAAGAAUUUCGUGAGACUAGUAAAAAAGCGGAGAAGCGUAUUUUUGAACUAGUCAAUUCAAAAAUUGAUGAUUUCUUAGAAUUAGCAGAUUAUGAUUGGGUGCCGAAUUCUGUUCAGGCUCAUCCAAGUUUUUUCCUUCACGAUAUGGCUAACUACCUUACGGCUGUCAUUAGUUCAACUUUGUACAAUCUUCCGAUGUCAAUCAAGAUUUUCAUUUACUUUAAUGCUUUAAGUCAUUUGGCUUCUUCUUUAUGUAAUUUAAUUCUAAGUCCUAGCGUUAAAAAGAUUAAUGCGAAUGGUGUUGCAAAUCUUGAAGUUGAUGUUACGUUCCUUGAACAUUUUGCACGUAAACUUGAAGACCCAAAUAUCGCGGAUGCAUUUUUAGAAUUGAGACAGAUUGUAACUCUUCUACAAUCCGAUAAUGUUGAAGAAUACUUGGAUCCUUCUACAAGAAAUAGAAAAUAUUCAUUACUUAAGCCUACAGAUGUUAUUAAUUUGUUUGAUAAGUAA